CCUUCCAUCACCAUAUAUUUGACUCCUUUUACCCUUUUCUACCUCCCCCCAUAUCAUUUUAACAUAUCAACAUAAAAAUGAUUCAUUAGCUAUUUACUUUCCUUUCCUUGUACCAAGUCUUCCAAAUCGAGUGUGUGUUUUUCUUCAGCCCCUGUCAGUGUGGACUGGCCACGUUUAAAGUGCUCAGUGACACAUAGGGCUAGUGGCUCUUGUAUUGGACAGUAUAGCCCUAGCCUUUAGUAAAUUGGAAAAUUUAAUAGUCAACCUAUGCAGCUGAUUUUAGUAAGAGAGAUCCUUGUAUUGUAGAUUGUGUAAAGACCUUCUCUUUAUAAUCCCCGGGCAAUUUUCCCAACAGCAAACCCAGCAAGUGAAGAAGGUCCUAUUUUUUGGUAACAGAAUUGUGAAGCGCCUCCUUGGGGAGAUUUUGAUAGGCAUCUUUGGGGCCAUUACUGGCUUUCUGGAAGACUGACCUAUGGGAAGUUUAUUAGGCUGCACUUCCCGCUUUAUUGUGUUUGUUUCAGGGAAAAUUUCCAGCAUUAGCCAUCAAGUUAUUGAUUCUUCUGCUACAUUGCAGGCCAGGAUCGAUAGCUUCAGAGCGUCCAAGUCACUGGAGGUUCCAGGGUCACGGUUCUUGGCAGAAUCCUGUAGAUGGGAAGGGGCCGAGAGAGGACAGCCUGUGCUCUGGGGCGCUGAGUGUUCAGCCUCCUUGCUCUGUUUGGCACUCUCAAUAAACUUAAUGAAUAAAUCCAUCCAUUCACUCAGCAACGCAGCAAAUGCACGCACGCACCACUCUAUCUGUGAGGUGUUUUUGGCUGCAAGUAACAAAGUGCUUAAACAAUAGGCAUUUGUUAUUAGUUUCUUCUCAGAACAGGUGUAGUAGGCAGUCCAGGGUUGGUGGAGGAGCAGGGCAAUGUCAGGACUCUGGUCCAACUUCUCUGGACCUUACCCUCUUGUUUGUAAGAUGGCUCCCCAGCUACACGCGUUGUGUCCUCGCAUGUGGACAUCUGAGAGCAGAAAGGGAGAAAAGCCUAGAUACUGGGGGGAGUGGCUCCCAGUAGGCAUCACCUUGUGUCUCAGUGACCACGCCCAGUCACAUGGUCAUGCUUCAGUGGCUAGUGUGGCUGGGAAAGGAGUCAUUGCCAUUUCCAUCCAGUAUCGGGGGAAUGGCCAAUCGGUCAACAACCCACAAGUGGGGCUGGAGAGACAGAGAUAUGGAUUUAACAGUCACGGGCUCUCUGUGGUGGAACACAGGUUACGGGCCAGACAGCAGAUGCAGGCCAGGCUCACAGAAGAUGGGCUGCCGCUGGGGAUUAACCUGGGGAAGAACAAGACCUCGGUGGACGCUGCCUCGGACUACGCAGAGGGGGUGCGCGUCCUGGGCCCCUUGGCUGACUACCUGGUCGUGAAUGUGUCCAGUCCCAACACCGCGGGGCUGCGGAGCCUUCAGGGAAAGGCUGAGCUGCGCCACCUGCUGACCAAGGUGCUGCAGGAGAGGGAUGCCUUGAAGGGGGCACAGAAGCCAGCCCUGCUGGUGAAGAUUGCGCCAGACCUCACGGCCCAGGACAAGGAGGAUAUUGCCAGUGUGGUGAGAGAGUGGUCUGGAACCAAACCCGCAAUAUCUCCGAGGUGCGGGGGCCUGGCCUGGCUGCUGUCUCAGACCCUCCAGGGAAGCUUCUCUGCAUCCGUCAGUGCCACACCUGGAGGCUUCUUUUCUCUGUCUCACACUGCAGCUGGGCAUCGAUGGACUGAUUGUCACGAACACUACAGCAGCGUCCCCAUCAUUGGGGUUGGUGGUGUCAGCAGUGGGCAGGACGCGCUGGAGAAGAUCCGGGCGGGGGCCUCCCUGGUGCAGCUGUACACAGCCCUCACCUACCGGGGUCCGCCUGUAGUGGGCAGAGUCAAGCGGGAGCUGGAGGCCCUUUUGAAGGAGCAGGGUUUUACCCGAGUCACAGAUGCCAUUGGAGCGGAUCAUCGGAGGUGAGGACAUUGUCAGUGGAAGCGUGAUCCGGAACUUUCCCAUGAAAUCAAGCGAGCCUUUGUGGCUGGAUCAAGAGAGAAGGGACUCUGUCUCAGGCCACAUCCCCCAAACUACAAGAGCCCUUUCUCUGCAGCCUGUUUGGACUGGAAACCAAUCGUGAGGGUCGCCAGAAUCAAUACAUUUCUUUGGUCACUUGUCAGAUCAUGAACUGCAUUCAGGAUUUUUUCCAGACUCAAAUCCAGGAUCUUGUAAUAUUACAAGGACAUUAGAUACUGGUGGGGGAGAAAAAUCACGGAAAAAAAUAAAGCCAUUUAAAACCUGGA